AAAAAUGCAGCAAUCUUUGCUAUUUUUUAUAAAAAAUGAGAUAUGAUUAAGAAAUUGGAUAAUUUUGAUAAAGAAUUGUGUAAAAAUGAGAAAAAGAUAAUAAUUUCAAAUGAAGUUACUAGUAAUGAAAAGAAAAUGGAUGGAUUUGUACGUUUAAAAGGAUUAUUUCGACGUAGAUCUAUGUUUCGUAUGACAGUAUUUCGUAAACGUCGUUUAAAAUCACGUUGUAUUCCUGAACAUAUUAAUCCUGUAUAUUUGCAGCUUUUAAAUCAAACAAUUAAAGAAAUUGGAGAAGAUAGGGAUGUUGGAAUUAUGAGGAAUAUUUUAGAAUCAUCUGAAAUUAAUGGUGAAAUAUGGACUUCAUUAGAGAAAGAGCGAUUUUUUAAAAGUUUAUCUCGUAGAAGUCGUCAUAAUCCAGAAGAUAUUGCAAGAGAUAUAGGUAGUAAAAGCGUUAUGCAAGUUAUAGGUUAUAUGAAUAUUUUGGAUGAAGAAUUGAAGGCUUUUCGUCUUUUUUGUGAAGGGAAUGGGAAGGAGAUUGUUAGUUUCCGGCAUAUUCCUGCUGCAAUGGAAAUGAGUGAUGAAUGGAUUAAUAUUGAAGAAAAAGAAGCUAAAAAAAUACAAGAAUUUACUGAUAAAAUUCAAGAAAAACAGGAAAAAUUAACAUGGGGACCUGAGUGGUCUUUUUUGGAGAAUAAAAAAACUAAUGAGAUAGAGAUAGCAUGGGAUUAUGUUAGUGAAUCGUUUUCUUCUAUUCAAGAACCUUUAUUAAAAGUAUCGCCCGAAAUAUGUUUUUUGCGUCCUAAAUCGUUUAUUGAACUAUCAGAGAAAUUGUUUUUUAAUAGAGAUACAGAAUUUUUUUCUAAAGAAGUUGUGUUAUAUAGGACAACUUUAGUGCAUAUGUAUGAACUUGCACGUAGAUUGACUCAACGGCUUGUACAGAUGGCACAUUUUAUAGCGCUUUCUAGACUUCGUGCAGAAAGAUCUUCCAACUUUCAUUCUCAGUAUGUUGUGCGUUCAAAGGAUGUACUUGUUGCUGUUGAUAUACUUGGAAUUAAUAGGAAUUCUGACGAAUAUUGGCUUAAUCUUCCUAGAAGAAUUGAAAUGACUGUAUUGAAUGAGACUGGUCAAAAGCUAGAUUUUGAUGCAAUAAAAAACAAACUUUCUAAAAUUCCUUUGAGUACCAUCCGAAGACGUGCAAAAGGGGUGCAUUUGUGUAAUAACUUUUCUGGUAUCGAGGAUAAUUAUAUUCAUUUAGAAGAUAAUUCAUCUGCAAUAUCUUUUAUAUCAGAUAAUUCUCAGGUUAGUAAUAAUGAAAAUACUAGUUCUGAUAUGGAUGAGUUAAGUCCAAUAUUGAAUGAUCAAGAAAAUGUAUCUUUUAAUACUAAUGACGAUUCAUCUUUUGUUGCUUUGGAAAAUCUUGAUGAUGAGCAAACUGAAGAGAUGCUAAUGAAGACAGAAGAUAAUUUUUUGGAAGUUUUGGAUGCUAGAAAAAGUGCAGUUGAUGAGCGUGAGCUUUGGAGAAAAUUGUCAUAUUUUUAUAAAUCUAAAAAAAAUAAUGUUUCGUUAGCUAAUUGCUCUUCUCAGCUAGAAAAAUUAGAAGCAAUUUUGAGAUCUAUCUGA